ACGACCCGUUGCCCUGGGGACGCGCUCUGGGACCUCUGGGCCGCAGGCACCAGCCGGGCCUCUCCAGAGAUCCGCUGAUGGCCGCGUCCACCAAAGGCCGGUCCGGAUCAGUAGGCGCCUCCGAGGGCUUGUUCGAGGCCGACAAGAACUCAGGGGAGCCGGAGAACACCUAUAUUCUGAGGCCCAUUUUCCAGCAAAGGUUUAGACCCUCUGUGGUUAAAGACUGCAUCCAUGCCGUGCUCAAAGAGGAACUGGCAAGCGCUGAAUAUUCUCCAGAUGAAAUGCCUCAUCUCACAAAACGUCUGUCAGAAACCAUUAAAGAUAAACUGAAAGAAUUGGGAUAUGACCGGUAUAAAAUGGUGGUGCAAGUGGUGAUUGGCGAGCAGAGGGGUGAAGGCGUCUUCAUGGCUGCUCGAUGUUUCUGGGAUGCAGACACUGACAACUACACUCAUGAUGUCUUCAUGAACGACAGCUUAUUCUGUGUUGUAGCAGCGUUUGGUUGUUUCUACUAUUGAAUCUUUGGGAAGGGUGACUGUGGCACGAAGAAACCUCAACUUUUGUAUUAAUAUCCUGACCAAAUAAAAAUAAGUUGGACCUUGGCACCUAAAAUCCGUUGUUUUAGGUUUUAUGUAUCUAGUGGUUUGACUUUAUCAUGCUAUCUGAGCUCUUACUACAUCUGUUUACUGUCAGGGUCUGAGAAGUUUCCAAGUUGUAUAUAAAGUAGAACCCCUUCAAAUUUGGAGACUUCUGUGUUGGCCACAAUCUUUCCUCUUUUUGUGAUGACCAUCUUCCCCAGAGAGGCCCUUGGUGUCUCCUCCAGCUAGCUGUCCUUAUUUGGGCCAUUUUAUCUGCCAUGUCUAAAUACUACUUGAACUUCAAGGGGUGUUUGUGAGUCAGACUUUAAUCAUUUCUUUCUUGGAAGCACCUCAGCAGGUGCAGUUUACUUAUCUCCCUUCUUGGUUAUCUUCAAGGAAAAAGUGCAAACAAAUGUAUUAAAGUUCCCCCCAUCUUUUGUCUGUACCCACUUGUCUUACACCUACAAAAUCGCACUGGGUGUGGUGGCUAACGCCUGCACUCUUGAGGCUGAGGCCAGAGGCCCACUGCAAGUUCAAGGCCAGCAUGGGACACCUCGUUAAGUUCCAGGUCAGCCUGGGAAAUAGUGUCUGAUAAAGUUAUUUUUAAUUCCCAAGCAAAAGCCCACCACCACCAUCCCGCCCCAUAAAGGGGAUGGAGCGAUGGCUCCGCGGUUAAGAGCAAAGAGCAGUUACUGUUGUAGCAGAGGACUAGCGUUCAGGUCCCAGCACCCAGAAAGUGCUCAGAAAGACCUGUAACUCCAAGAUAUCUGUUGCCCCGUUUAUGGCCUCUGUGGACCUGCACAAAUCUUAAAAGAGGAAAAGAAACCUCUACAAAACAAAAUCCCCCAAAAGUUCACCGUACGAAGUUCGUUUGCUUGACUGCCCACCCCGAUCCGUCCAUUUUCCUACCAGUGCCUUUGCCUCUACUCCUGCUCAACUACUUUCUCAGUCCAUUCGUAGGGAUCAUUUUCUGUGGGUCACCCUUGUCAAAAUAUCCGGAGGCUGUGAGCUCAGACCCGAGCGUUCGCCGGACGUGGCUGGAGGCUUGAAUUCUUUGCUGAGGUUGGGUGUCGGGGCCGCACGCCUGUACAAGUGCGGGGGGUCGGCGGAUGCAAGCGGCGCCGGGAGACCACAGCCGAGGGAGCCCCCGCCGACAGGAGGCGCCACACAUCCGGUACUCCGGGGCUGCUGACCCCGCGCCCGUGUCCGGUGCUUCUGCGCUGUCCCUCCACCCGCCAGGCCGGGCUGGAAGCGGAACUACUCUGUCAGGUAGUGGUUUUCAGAGACGUGAUGGUGGGAUUGACAAGAGGGCGGGCGGUAGGCGGGACUUCCGGCCCGCUGUCCGGUCAGAUGUUUCCCGGGCGUCUCCCCGCAACCUAUUUGACUUCGCUAGUCGGUGACGCGGCGCCAGGAAGGACUCGGACGGGACCCGAGCCCGGGAGAGCUGCGGUAA